AGAAAUUCGGGCCUAAAUCCAAGCUUGGACUUGAACAAGUUGUUCAAAACCACUUUUGUUUUGCAAACUAAAUUAAUAUAUUUUUUUGUACAAAAAUACAAAAUGUGAGCACUGAAAAAGGAGGUUGAUUUCCAAGCUGAAGUCCUCCGUCCGCGGACUGCCAAUAGUCCUCCCAUUUUCAUUUUGUUUCAGUCAAAAAGCAGCAGCCAUGUCCAGAGACGACAACGCCGGAGCUCAUAUUCUUGUCUUUCCUUACGCAGCUCAAGGUCACAUGCUUCCGCUUCUCGAUCUAACCCACCAGUUAGCUCUUCGUAACCUCACCAUCACCAUCGUCAUCACCCCCAAAAACCUACUGUCUCUCACUCCCCUUCUCACUGCUCACCCCGAUAUUCAAACCUUGGUCCUCCCAUUCCCGUUUCAUCCAUCAAUUCCUGAGGGCGUUGAAAACGUUAAUGAAUUGGGCAGCAUAGGCAACUUACCCGUUAUAAAUGCUUUGGGCAAGCUCUUUGACCCAAUUUCUCAUUGGUUUCAUUCCCACCCUAACCCUCCUGUUGCGAUUCUCUCUGAUUUCUUCUUGGGAUGGACUUUAAGCCUUGCUCAUCACCUCAACAUCAUCAGAAUUGCUUUUUUCUCUUCCGGUUUGUUUUUAGCGGCGGUUUCUGAAUAUCUUUGGUAUCAUUUUGAUGAAAUCAAGUCUGGGACUGCUAUGCAGCUUCAUAAAUUGCCAGGAUCUCCCAUUUUUAGGGAAGAGCAUCUGCCUUCUAUAGUUCGACUGUAUAAGAGGGACGAUCCAGAAUGGGAGUUUGUGAAAGAGGGAUAUGUUGCAAAUUUUUUGAGUUGGGGUUGCGUUUUCAAUUCUUCCGAGGCACUGGAAGGUGUGUAUUUGGAUUAUUUGAAGACCACCAUGGGUAGUGACCGUGUUUUCGGUGUCGGACCAUUGAGUUUGGUGGGUCUUAAUUUAACCCAUGGGAAUGAGCCAGGUUCUGAUCCGAGCGACCCUGUCUUCGAGUGGCUGGACGAAUGCCCGGAUGGAUCUGUAUUGUAUGUUUGUUUUGGGAGUCAAAAGGCGUUGAACAAAGAACAAACGGAGGCUUUGGCAAGAGGAAUCGAGAGAAGCGGGAUUCGAUUUUUGUGGGUUGUUAAAACUGGUUUUAGCGGGCAGGCAGAUAAUAAAUACGGGUUAAUACCGGAAGGAUUUGAGGAGCGAGUUGCAGGUACAGGAUUGAUAUUAAAAGGUUGGGUUCCUCAAGUGGAAAUAUUAAAUCACAAAGCAGUGGGUGGAUUUUUAAGUCAUUGCGGGUGGAACUCUACUUUGGAAGCAAUGGUGGGCGGGGUGAUGAUACUGGCUUGGCCAAUGGAGGCUGACCAAUUUGUUAAUGCUAAGCUCUUGGUUGAUGACAUGGGUGUGGGUGUUAGAGUGUGUGAGGGUGCUGAGUCAGUGCCUGACUCGGUUGAGUUAGGGGGGAUUAUUUCGGAGUCAUUUAGUGAACGUGGAGAACUGAAGCUUAAAGUGAAGGAGUUGAAAGAGAAGGCUUUAGCAGCGAUGAAGAGCGGUGGAAGCUCAGAUCGGGAAUUGGAUAGACUUGUGCAAGAACUGUCAAGUCUUCAUCAUGGUUAAGUAUAGUAUAUUUUGUGAGUGACAAUAACAAGGAGCUUUUGGGUGUAUCUGAAUCUUGUUAUUUUCCAUUACAAUUUCAAUUUAGAUUUUGUAAUAAUAAUAAUGAUUUAAGGUCUUAUUUAAA